AUGGAGCCAUUCGGUGGAGAGGAAUGUCACAGCAGUGAAUCUGGAUGGACCAUGUACAUUGGGUCCCCUAUGGAUGAUGGUGGACACAGCGAUGAUGCUGACAACGACCACCAACUCAUUCAAACCGAUCCACAGAAUGCUGACGAUGACGAUCAAAGUGAUGAUGAUUCUAUGGCUUCUGAUGCGUCUUCUGGGCCAAGUCAUCUUGGGAUUAAUCAUGGUUUUCCGGAUUUCCAGCAAGAUGCUCAAGAGGAAUGUGAUGCAGACAAGUGUUGCUUAGAGAAGAAGGCAAAUAAAACCCAACUCAAGCAAAUGGAAGGGAAAAAGGCGGAAAACAAAGGGAUGUUAUUCGUUGCUACCAAAGAUAAGUCUCCAGUUCAGGGCCGUGCCAAGGUGAAAAGAAACUUUGUGGGGAAAAGGAAAUAG